AUGGAGGGGACUAUCCCUGAUAUUGAAUUUGCUAAGAAAGUGGCUGAGAUGAAUGAAUUAGCUAGGUCAACCAUAAUUCUCAACCUUUCUGAUUCUGUGAUCAGAAAGGUUGAUUCCAUAGAAUCGGCAUCUCAGAUGUGGACUAAAUUGGAUACUCUCUUUACUGAAACUUCUAUGCCAUCCAGAAUGUACCUUCUUGAAAAGCUUUUUAAAUUCAAACUGGAUUUUUCAAAGGAAAUACAUGAUAAUGUUGAUAGAUUUUCAAAACUUGUCCAGGACAUUAAAAGGUAUGGAGAUAAAACUAUUGAUGAGUAUACCUGCAUAGCCCUCAUGAAUGAUAUCCCUGAUACUUAUAGUGAUGUCAAGGCAGCUAUAAAGUAUAGCAGGGAUAGUGCCCUUCUAGACCUCAUAAUAAAUUCUUUAAAAUCUAAGGAAUUGGAAAUUAAAGAAAACUAUAACUCUAAAUCUCUCAAACUAAGUCUUUGA